AUGGCGGCCGAGCUGAGCGACAUGGCGGAGCCGCCCGCGGCCGAGCCGCCCCCACCGGCGCUGAACGGCGAAGGGGCGGAAAGCAUGUCGGAGCCCAGCCCGGAGAGCGCCAGCCAGGCCGGAGACGGCGACGACGAAGAGGAGGAGGACGGCGACGACGAGGAGGAAGACGACGAGGACGAGGAGGACGAAGACGCCGAGGAGGACGAGGAGGAGGAGGACGACGACGAGGAGGAAGAAGAGGCCGAGGCCGGCAGCAGCUCCGGCUCCUCCAGCGGCUGCUGCACCGACGACGCCCGCUCGCUCAGCCCCGGCGGCAGCGAGGCCGACGUCAAGGGCGGCUCGGGCGGGGCCGACGUGGGCGCGGGCGGAGGGCCUGACGGCUCCGGCGGCGGCGGCGGCGGGGGGGACUCCAGUGAAGCCGUGGUGUCGGCGGGGGCCGACGAGGGCUACGGCACGGGGAGCGGCGGCGGGGGCGGCAGCAGCUCCUGCAGUGCCACGUCGGGCGGCCGCAGGGGCAGCCUGGAAAUCUCCUCGGACGGGGAGCCGCUGAGCCGCAUGGACUCCGAGGACAGCAUAAGCAGUACCAUAAUGGAUGUAGACAGCACAAUUUCCAGUGGACGUUCAACUCCAGUCAUGAUGAAUGGACAGGGAGUGACUACUUCAUCUGCAAAAAGUAUUGCUUAUAACUGCUGCUGGGACCAGUGCCAUUCUUGCUUCAACUCCAGUCCAGAUCUGGCAGAUCACAUUCGGGCUAUACACGUAGAUGGUCAGCGAGGAGGGGUGUUUGUUUGCUUAUGGAAAGGCUGCAAAGUGUAUAACACACCAUCAACGAGUCAGAGUUGGUUACAACGGCAUAUGUUGACCCAUAGUGGGGACAAACCUUUUAAGUGCGUUGUUGGAGGAUGCAAUGCGAGUUUUGCUUCCCAGAGUGGGCUGGCUCGGCAUGUGCCGACACACUUCAGUCAGCAGAACUCUUCAAAAGUUGCCAACCAGCCAAAGGCAAAAGAAGAGUCUCCUUCUAAAGCUGGAAUGAACAAAAGGAAGAAGUUAAAGAACAAACGGAGGCGCUCUUUACGGCUGAUGCCAGACUGUGCUGGGGAACUGUUAACCACUGACAAGAAAAUAGGAGUGGUCACACGUCAUGCAAGACCGCAUGACUUCUUUGAUGCACAGACCUUGGAUGCAAUACGGCAUCGGGCUAUUUGCUUUAACCUUUCUGCUCACAUAGAAAGUUUGGGAAAAGGCCACAGCGUUGUAUUUCACAGUACUGUAAUAGCUAAAAGAAAAGAGGACUCUGGAAAAGUUAAGUUGCUGCUUCACUGGACUCCAGAAGAUAUUCUUCCUGAUGUGUGGGUAAAUGAAAGUGAAAGGCAUCAAUUAAAAACUAAAGUAGUUCAUUUAUCAAAACUACCAAAAGAUACUGCUUUGCUUCUGGACCCAAACAUAUACAGAACAAUGCCACAGAAGAGAUUGAAGAGGUAAAAGUCGACUUGGUGGGGGCACUGACCAUGGAAUUAGAAUUGCACAUUCCUUGAGUCCUUUACCUUCAUCCACUGACACACAUAACACACACAGACAAGGCACACCCAUCCCCUCUGUGCCCAACUGCUGCCAGCCUAUGAUUGGUCUAACCAUUCUGUGAAUGAAGUUGAAGCAUCUAUGGGAAUAUAUUAUAUAUAAAUGUCUAACAUACCUUAAUGGAUGGUACAGUGAGAGGUGAAGCAAAAGCUUCUCUAGCAUGCGUCACCAAUGUUUUUUUCUUUUCAGUGACUUUUUUGAAAGUUGUAUUGGAUGAACUGGCAAUCGCUGAAUUGCCCAGGUGAAAACCAUCCUGGCCGUUGUUACUCAUGUUUUUAACUUGUUUUGUUUUGUUUUGUUAGCAAACUCUUGAAAUCUCAUCACUGAUAAGCAACAGCUAGAGAGAAUUCUUGGCGAAGCGUCUCCAUUGUCACUUUAGUGAACUUGUGUCCAAUCACAUAACCUUAAGUGGUGGUAUCAUGUUUAAGCAAAAUGGUGGUGGCAUUUUUUGAUUUUUAGCAGAAUAUAAAUAUAUAUAUUCAGGGGAGGUUGAUCAGUGUUACGUGUUGCUGUAUAUCCAAUCCUCUUCAUAAGAUAUUACUGUAUAUUAAUCAGACUAUAAUAAUAUCUAUAAAAAGAAAGAAAGAAACAACAUUGGUUUUAUAUUCUAUUUGGCUUUUAAAACUCCAGCUGGCUUUUAAAGAUUAUAUUGUCUCCCUUUCCCUUCUUUUGGCCUAAAUGUUUCUGUUUGUCCAAAAAAAAAAAAAAAAAAAGAAAGUAUUUUUUAAAAAGAAGCAUUUAAAAAUACAAUCGUUUAUGCACCAAAGUUGGCUAUGAAAAGAAUUAAAUUGCUUCCUCACUUUAUUAAACAAGGAAUUACGGAUUUUUUUUAACCCUACAGGAAUAGAAAACUUGUGUACCUUGUUUGUCUUGUAUUGAGACAAAAAAAAAAGUUGCAUAUAGAGAAUGGGAUGUUGCUUGUAAAUAGUUUUGCAGAUUUGUAAUAUAUUUUUAUAUCACAAAAUGUAGAUGUUUUUUCCUAGAGGCAUGGAAGUUAAAAUGUAUAUAUUAUGGUAGAAAUAAUAUUGAAGGAUAUUGUUAUGUCAUUAGCGCUGCCAGAAUUUGUUUAAAGCAAGCACCUUUCUUAACAAUAAUAUGUCUCUUGGAUUUCUAAGAGACUCUAUACUACUGUUAUAAGAACAAAACACGUUAAAUAUCCUUUCAGAAAUCUUUGAAGGAUACAGAAUAUCCAUAGAAGAUUUACAGCACCUCAUUGCUGAACAUGGAUAUGGAAUCAAUCUUUUUCCUUGCUUGUUGGAAGGAACAAAUGUAAAAUAAAUGACUUAAUAAGGUGGCUAUAUGCAGUCAGACUGCAUGAUUAACCCUCCCUGUUUAGGAGGAUUUUUUUUUAAUUUUAUUUUUAUUUUAUUUUAUUGGUGUUUUUUUUUUUUUUGCAUUACUACAGCAACAUUUUUACACUAUUUUUUUUAAUUAAACAGCAGAUAAAUUAAUUAGUCUAAAGUUUUGGGAGAUGGAAGUUGGGGUGGUUUUCCCCCCCCCCCCCCAAAUUGUAUAAGGAGAGCUGCCUUAAUGAAGGUAAAAUCCUUGUUUAGUUCCUGGUGGAUUUAGAAUGUUUUCACAAACAUUUAAAUUUUAUUAUUGUGCAGAUUAGAAGCACUGCUGACCUGGAACGGUUCUGGAAUACUGUAGUUGUUUGACAAUGGUAUUUCAUAAAGAUCUGUGGCAAUGUAACUAUUUAAAACAGAUGCCAUUUGUUUCGUCUUUUUGUUUUUAAUUUUGCUUAAGCACUUCAGUUACUGCUUUAUCUUCAUUAAAUGGUCAUUUAACUGCUUGGGUUCUCUUUCUUUAAGAAGUAUAACAUUGCCAAAUAGGUGUUUUCAGAUAUAGUUUGUAUUUGUAUUUUUUUUUAAACUCUUAUUGUUUCAUGAAUCUCUUGUAUGCCAUUCAUAAUUGACAGAUGAUUGUAGACUUUGCUGGAGUAUUUUUUCUAAUAAAAGAAAGCAAAUGCAGCUACGUUUUAAGGUUCCGAAUGUCCUUUAUUGGCUAUUGAAAACAUUGGAGCACACUAUGUAAA